GUGCAGUGCUCCACCCACCCGCCCUGCUGCCUCCUGCUUGCUCAUCCCCAGCCCAGCCAGCACCUGCACCACCGCCAGGCACGCCGUCGCUGUUCUCCCGUCUCGUCCCUUCAACCUCUGCUGUCAGCAGCCACCCGGGCCAUGGGAGCUGCUGGAGUGCCGUACUGCCGUCUCGAGUCUCCUCAUGUGCUUGAUCGAGUUGCCGCCACCUACCGCCUCAACUCGCUGCCACCCACAUUCUUCGAAACGCCUCUUGUAACACCUCCCUGGGGGAAGCUCUGAGCUCCUUCCUCACAACCAACCUAAACGCCUGCCCCCGACAGCUCCAAACCCGCCGCAGUGCUCUGCCUGUCUCCAACCUUGAGCGCCUGUUUCUCCCCCAAAGCUCCAGUUCUCGUCGCAUUGAAUUGAUGCGACAGCUUCGGCCAACCUCUCGGCCACCUCAUAUCCAUCGCACAACCCGCAACCCGCAGGCACGCUGCCGCCGCAAUUGAAGCGGCCUCGCAGCCCGCAAUCCAAGAGUACCAUCCUUAUCGACAGCUUUAUCGUCCAACCUCCCCGCCGCAAUCUCUCGGCCCAGCGUCCAACCCCUCGAUUCCGCAUCGCAUGGUGGGGUCAAGAUGCCGCCCCGAUCAUCAUUGACGUCGUCGUUCUCCGUAACCGACUCCAACAACGAGGUCGUCUGUCCGCUGCGCAACCAAGAUGGCUCCAGCUGUCGCAAGCGGUGCAUCGGCGAGAAGAGGUAUCGCUCCAUGCAGGAGCAUAUCCGCCGAGCGCAUCCCGAGCAUUACAUCUCCAAGCUCCCUGCCACAGAGGAAAGCUUCCAUCUCAUGAUCAACACACCACCUAGCGAGCGACCGCCACCGAACGCUGCACCAGGCCCUCGCCCACCGGCAAUUGACCAUCUGAAACCCGGCUACCCCCACGACCGACAACAUGGUUUUCGUCGAGACGAUAACACAAGCGCCCCGGCCACCCCUCGGAACCCCGACGAUUAUCCUCCAGUUACCCAGAUGCUCCCGGCAGCUAGCAGCGCCGCGGCCGCCUUGGCGCAGCUCCACAGCCACCCCAGUCUGGAGCCCGAUUGGGAAACAGGAGAUGCUGGCUGGCACUCUGAUACAGAAAAGGGAAGAAUGACGAGGGCUUCGAUCGAGCUUCCUCCCAUUCACUUGCCCAGUGUUGGAAUCACAAGCGAGCCCUUUGGCGGGUUGGGUGGUGCUAGUCGACAGAGGGACAUACUGCCAUCAAUUCUGUCAACAUCUCCUCCGGGGCGAUCCUCGACGCUCCCGCCUCUGCAGCGGCCGCUUGGCCCCACCCGCCCGCGGAAGCAGUCGGUCACUAAAAGAGGCAGGGAAGCCCAUCACAAAAAGCAGAGGUCGAGGGGCACGGCGGCGGACUGGCUCCGUCGUAUCCAGAACGAUCCGAGCAACCACAUUGUCGGCGGGCUGGGGCCGGGUGAUCGCCUUAGACCCGGAGAUCCGUUCAGCAAGGCAAAGUCGGCCGAGCCGACAGCCGACUACGGAAAACGAUGGGAAGACCUGAUCGACGCCGCAGCAUCCGCCACAGAAGACAUUGACGAGGACAGGACGCCUGUAGGUCCACGCAGCCCCUAUCUGAUCGACCCGGCCCUGACUUAUCAGGUACCUCAAUCCCCUAUAUCCGUCCACCGCGCGUCCCUGCCCCCCCUUACCCAGCAGCCCUUCCCGAACCAGGCCAGCUACCAGGCCUCGCCCCUGCAGCAGGCCCUGACUCCUCCCUCCUACAUCCAGGAGGUGCCCGAUCCUUUCCCUUCUGUCGAGAGCGGCGAGAGCGGCGAUAACUUCCACAUGGAGUCGCGCGGCCUCUCGGACUCGUCCCCGAGCUACUCGUCGCAAAACACCCAGAUAUACUGCGCCGCUUGCCAGGGCGUCUCGCUACUCAAGGAGUCGUAUGCGUGCACCGAAUGCAUAUCGGGUCUCUGCCCGGCCUGCGUGGAGGUUUUGAUGAGCGAGCAGGGUGCUAGGAGGAAAUGUCCCCGGUGCGCCACUAUCGGUGGUCGCUUCAAGCCCUUCCAACUCGACAUAAGGUGAAAAGGGAAGGGCAUUUCAGGGAGGAGUAAAGAUUUUGGUGGGAGCGUCACACCGCAUAUCACAUCUCCAAGUGGAUGAAGAUUCGGCGCAUUCUCUGCCUUCUUGCUUUUCUGUUGCUUCUUAUCUUCUUUUCGCCCUUUUCUAUUUCUCACAUCUUUUCCAUCCUCUUCUGGCCUCCUCCUCUAUUCGACUUCGUCCCGAAGGGCCCUCUCUACUAUCUAUUUUACCUGGCGAGGUUUGCACAACCCGCGAUUCCAUCCCCACGGAUCAUCACAAGACCGGCGCACGGGAAGGACGGAUUGCACAUUAUCACUUUUUUAUUGCCACAGCAUAGGGUUUCUGGGAUUUGUCCGACGCAAGCCUGGUUCAUUCGGCUUCACGUUUUUCCUUUUCUAUCUACUAUAUGGGUUCUACUGCGGGUUCUAUUUUCGGCGUUUUGUCUUUUCCCCAGAGUCACACAGAUGGCAUCUACACUCCGCUUCGUUACUCGCACAUAGCAGCAUGACUGUUGCGAUGCCCUUUUACUCCCGACCUUCGAGUCCUUUGUUUCCUAUCAUCACGACGACCUCUCACUUUGUAUUCAGCGGUUCCAGACAGAACAUGGGACACCGUCAUCAUUUGACACGCUCGGCGGGUUGAUCUGAUGCAGCUUGGGUUGGCUUACUUGGUUCUUGUCUUUGGCUUUGAGGCCGAGUUCAAGGUCUAGAAACGAGAUACAUUCAAUGAUUUCAAGAGAUUUCCCGGUAUUUUCUGGUCCUAGUACGGUCCAGUCCCUCGGCACCUCAGCCCGUUAAAAUUGACGCCCAUACCCUCCAUUCCUCGGCGGUAGGCU